AGAAACCCAAAAACCAAACCCCAAAAAAAUAAAAACCCAAAUUUGUUCUGCAGAAUAAUUUCAGUUUCAAUCACAAAAGCUUCAAUCUUUACUCUACCCAGCUGGGUAGUUUCCAAAAUUAUCAAAAACCCAUCUCAGAACUCCCAAGAACUGACAUGAUUUGAUCCAAAAAGUGAAAACAGCAGAUGGGUUUUCUUUCAAAACCUGUUUCCAAUCUCUCCCUCUAUCUGCUUCUGUUCUUCCUCUUCAGUUUUGAGCUCAUCGCAGCUGCUGAAUCUGCCACUGACAUCACCUCCUUGGUCUACAAGGGCUGUGCAAAGCAGACAUUUUCAGAUCCAACAGGGGUCUACUCCCAAGCCCUCUCAGCCCUCUUUGGGUCCCUGGUGCAGCAGUCCUCCAAGGCCAAGUUCUUCAAGACCAACGCAGGCAGUGGCCAAACCACCAUCUCAGGGCUCUUCCAAUGCAGAGGUGACCUCAGCAACUCUGACUGCUACACCUGCGUGAGCAAAUUACCCCAGAUGUCUGACAACCUCUGUGGGAAAACCAUUGCUGCUAGGGUUCAGCUCAUUGGAUGCUACAUGCUCUAUGAAAUCUCUGGUUUUGCACAAAUUUCAGGCAUGGAAAUGCUGUACAAAACCUGUGGGGGCACAAAUGUGGCAGGGUCGGGGUUUGACGAAAGGAGGGACACUGCCUUCAGUGUUUUGGAGAAUGGGGUUGUGAGUGGCCAUGGAUUUUACACCACAAACUAUCAGCAGGUUUAUGUUUUGGGGCAGUGCCAGGGCGAUGUGGGCGACUCAGAUUGUGGGGAGUGUAUGAAGAGUGCGGUGCAGAGAGCUCAGGUUGAAUGUGGGAGUGCAAUUUCUGGCCAAAUCUAUCUACACAAGUGCUUUCUUAGCUAUAGUUAUUAUCCUAAUGGGGUUCCCAGGAGAUCAUCCUCUUCUUCCUCAUCAUCCUCCUCAUCUUCGUCAGGGUCAGGGAAUACAGGGAAGACAGUGGCUAUAAUUUUAGGAGGAGCAGCAGGAGUUGGAUUUCUAGUCAUAUUUUUGUUGUUUGCCAGAAAUUUGUUGAAGAAGCAUGAUGAUUACUGAUAGAGAGGGACAUAUGGGUUCUCAGGAUUGCAAGCUUGUUUCAAGGUGGAGAUACUUAAGGAACAUUUUUUUUGUUAAUUUUUAUCCUUUUUUUUUUUUUUUUUUUUUUUUUUUUGGUUAAAUCUUAUUUCUACUUUCAAUAGAACAAAAUAGGGUUUUGUGGUGGAUGGAUUUGUCAAACACAAAGUGAGGAAGGAGGAUUAAUGUGAGAAUGAUCCUUUUUUUGUUGGAAAAAAGAAGACAAUACUUUGGUAUCUUAUACACCAUAAAAUUUGGCCAUUAAA